AUGCCAAUCCUUGGUAUUCCACCUCCUAGAAUCACUAGGGCCACCCAAAAGUAUCACGUCAAGUUUGGAUUUGAAAUCUUCUCCAAUUUAUUACACAUGAUGAGAACAGCUCACAGAUUCGGAGAGCCACAAAAGACUCAAAUAAUUAAACAAAUUAAACAACAAGUCAGAUUACAUAAAUAUGAAAAGAAUAGAGAAAAAAUCAAUGAUUUAAUUUAUGAUUUGAGAAAUGCCAUGUCUGAUUUGGAUUUCAAAUUGGAAUGUAAGAUGGGAGGUUCUGUUCCAGUGCCACAAAAUCAAAAUGCUAUGAAUAUUAGUACUCUCAAAAAGAGAGUACCCAAAAAGACAAAAUAG